ACAAAAAUAUAUUUGCUUUAAUUGACUUUAUUUUCUUAUUUGAACAUUGUAUAGAAAACUUUUGAGCAGUUAGCGUCAUUUUCUGUUUACGCCGUCAAAGGUAUAAACGCAGGCGAAUGCAUGCUCAAACUUCGCGCCAGCUCCAAUUCUAGCAAAAUUAUGUUUUAUAUUAAAUAUUAAUAUAUAUCGAGCUUGUUACGCAGUAGAGGAUAUUGGCGGGCUGUUGGUUGUCCCGCGCCAGGCAACGCAGUUGUGUAUAAUUUGUCUUUAUUAUACAUAUAAAAGAAAUCGAAACCAAAGAGGUUAGUUUAGUUUCAUUUUCACCAUCCAAACUGGACCGAUGCGUAAUGCAACCAGCGCUAAUGGAUGAGGAUGGAGAGCGUGGAAUGUGUGGGGGACGUUCAGGCUGUGGUGGCCCAGGAGGCUAGUGCUUUAGUGGACUUGCUUUGUGAGCUGGACACCAGUGUUCUGAAUCAGAUUUUGGCUUUGGUGGAACCUAGGACACAGGACCAGCUACGCUCACUGGCAAAUACUAGAGAUCGUGUUUUAGCUGUUAUAGAUUACUUCAAGACUUCAGACUGUACCACAUGUAGACAGUUUCUUCGCACUGUAUUGCACUACUGUGAAAACAUUCCUUUUUUUCUUGAAACCACACUGGUGUCCAUAGCAGAAAAUACAUCUGAAGCAAACUUUAAUCACACGAGCGACACUGAUACUUCUUCACCAUCACAUAAUGUGAAACGUCAACGACUGGAUUAUUUACAGAGUUACACCGAUGCUCUGAAAUCCACGCUACUGCAGAAGCACGAGUCAGUGAUACAAUCCGUUGUAAAAGACAUCCGUCUGGAUGACACGUGGGUGUAUUUAAGGCACAGGAACCCCAACAAAACAAAAGAUAGGACCGCUCAUGUUUCUCCUGACCACCAGGAUGGAGAAGAUACUUCAUUGGAACAUAAAGUGUCAGUUGAGUCUCUUCUGAAAACCUCUGGGAGACUUCUUGUGCUUCUGGGUCAGGCUGGAUCUGGUAAGACCUUGUUGGUGCACUGCCUCGGCCAAAGGUGGGUUGAUGGCGCCUUCCCAUCCAUUCACUUGCUAUUCCUGCUGGAGUUUCGGCAGCUUAACCUCAUGUCAAGAGACUUGUCCUUAAAAGAACUGCUGUUUCUCUUCUACCCUCCGAGCGAACACUUUAAGGAGCAAACCGAAGCCGUGUUUGCAUUCCUCUUCUCCAACCCUGAGAAGGUCUGCUUCAUACUCGACGGCUACGAUGAGUUUCGAUCCAAGUUUACGAAUCCGGAAAAGCUUGAUAGUGCCAUUGACCCAAACAAACCCAUGCCCAUGCCAGAUCUCCUCUCUGGAUUGUGCAAUCAUAAAAUCCUUCCGAAUUGCACUGUGUUGGUCACCUGUAGGCCACGGGAUGUGACGGACAUGUUCGGGAGCCCUGGUUUCAUAACAUGCGAACUGAUGGGGUUUGACCGACUGGGUGUGAAGGAGUAUGCUGAGCAGUACUUCCACAAAAAAGGAGAUGAAUUUAAGCAGAAGGCUGUAAACUUGUUGAUGGACAAUCGUCAUCUUCUGUCAAUGUGUCAUGUUCCUGGGCUCUGUCAUAUCUGCUGUGUAUGUAUGGAUUAUCUGUUCUCCAGUGUUGGAGAUCAUGGUAAUCCACAGCUACCUAUAUCCCUAACCCAAAUUUACAUUCAGAUCUUGUCUGCAUUUCUUAGCCGCUCCAGUGGGGGUCAGUUGUCUGGCAUAUCUAUGCUGCAAAGAUACAAAAUAAAAAUAAUCGAGAUGAGCCAGUUGGCUCUUUCAGGGCUCGAGAAAGGCACACUAGUCUUCAUGGCUACAGAAGUUUCUCCAGAACUCCAGGAUUUUGGUGUCAGAACUGGGAUCCUGUCCCGUGUGAAGCUGACGCGUGAGGAUGGAUCUUCAGGGUAUGGUUUCACCUUCAUGCACCUUACUAUGCAGGAGUUCCUCGCCGCUAUCAAUCUCAUGACCAGUAAAAGCAUCACAGAGAGUCAGCUUAAGAAGAAACUUAACUUGAAAACCCGCUGGACAACCAAGACUGAUCCUAAAUCUGUCUUCACUGAUUCUCUCCAUCUUUACGUGUGUGGUCUUGCGGCUGAGGCGUGCACCCUUAGUCUGGUCCAGCUGAAAGAGACAGAUGGUGCCACGACUUGGGUACGAAAGCGCCAAGCCGCGGUACGGGACUUUUUACGCUCUUUAGCAGGAAGUGCAAGUCAAACUGGCCCCAAAAUCGUUGAGCUGUGUCGAUGUGUUCAUGAGACACAAGAUGCUAAGUUGGCAAGGGCUGUUGGUUCAAGACCCCAGUUUGAACUGCGAAAUAUCAGACUCAAUGCUGUUGACAUGGAGGCUCUGGCAUUUGUAACAGCAGCUGCAGAUCAGACUGUGUGUUUGGACUUUGGUGGCUGUUCCAUUGAUCUUGAUUGUUUGGAAAUUCUGCCUAGUUUUAAGAAUGUCGACCAUCUGAUUUUUCGCAGCCGUAAGUAUGAUGACAAGUUUGCAGAGGCUUUGUGCGGUAUCUUGCGUGAACUUCAGGCCUUGAGGCAAUUAGAUCUUAUCAGUGGAGGCCUUACUGAUGUUGGAGCUGCUAAACUUGCCAGGGCUUUGCAGGACUGUCCACAUAUCACACACAUUAAUGUCAGCGAUAAUUCUUUGAGAGAUGACGGGAUAAGAGAUAUUGCAGAAGUACUAUCCAGAUUACCCAACACCUCUUCCAUUGUGAUGGGGAAAAACAACAUCUCCACAGAUGGAGUUCUCAUGCUUACUGAGAUGAUGACUGUCUGCCCCUCUGUACAGGAAUUCUAUGUUGAGGGAAAUAAGGAGAUCAACAUUUCCUUUUCAAAAAGCAGUGACACAACAUGUGAAAACAUGGACCUGAAUCAAACAAAAGAGGCAAAGAACAUAACGUUAAAACAGUGUAACAUCACAUGUGCUCAUGUAGCCAGCCUGUCUACUAAACUCAAAGGCUUCAUAACUGUUUUAGAUUUGUCCAACAACUCGCUAGGAAACAAGGGCAUAAAGAAAAUUCUAGACCUUAUGCCUAAACUUGGAAUGAUUCAGGAGAUCAAUGUCAGUAAAAAUGGGGUAGAUAUGGACGGGUUGGUGUUGCUUGUUUCUGCUCUUUGUACGCAGAGGAACCUAAGGAGAGUGGAUGCAAGUGCAAAUGGAAAGGACAAAUUGGUUCUUUGGUUUGACACCAGCAAGAGACUUUCGAAACAGCCAGCCCCAAAUGAAACUGGGUUACAUCUGCAUAAAAAACUCAGUUUAACCCACAGUGAAAUACAACCCCCCUACAUGACCAAACUGUUUAAGCAGCUGGUCAAGUGUGAAAACCUACUGGAUAUCGAGUUCUCCCAUCUAAAACUGUCAAAUGAGACGGUAGAGAAGUUGAUGUUAAUUCUUCCUGAAAUGUCUUCUCUUCAACUACUGAACUUAAGUCAUGUUGACAUGUCUACGAAUGGGGCUUUGUCAUUGGUCAGAUCUCUUGUUGACUGUCAGCGCGUCACAGCAGUGGAACUCAGGCACCAGGCUGAAGCAUUUAUUAAGUUUGUUCCUGUAAAGGCAGAGGCAGCCAUUUGCAGGCUCAUGGAGUAUAAACUGAACAGAACCAAUGUUGAGAAGCUCUCAAGGAUACUUGAGGACUGUCCUCAUCUAGCAGAACUGGAUUUGUCCCAUAACCUUCUCCGGGAUGAGGGCGUGAAAUGUUUUGUCGAUUGUUUGCCUAAACUGAAGAUCUCCAGCUCAGUGAGCCUUAAUGGCAACAGAAUGACACAGUUGGGGGCACUGCACCUGGUCAACUCAAUGAACACCUGUGAGAAAGUGGUUGCUGUUGAAGUCAGUCUUGGAGUGGAAGAUCAGUCUCUGAUUCAGUUUGUGCAAGAACACGUCAACGGCAAGACUCUCAGACUAAAAGAGUGCAGUUUCGAAGUCAACCACUUGCAGCAGCUUGUGGAAAUACUGAAGAGAUGUCCCAGACUACUGACAUUAGAAUUGUCAUCCAGUUUACUGCACGAUCAAGGCCUGUUUUCUUUACUUGACUGUCUGGCCAAACUAUCCACAAUACAAACUGUCAAGUUAAGAAAUAAUGGUUUGAGUUUGGAGCAGAUUGAGUAUUUUUUGAAACAGCUCAGCUGCUAUCGCCAACACAGAGACAUCAGGAUUGAAGAGCUGUGUUUGACAGGAAGUGCUGUGGUCAGUCUUGUCAGUAACUGCUUGAAUUUGGAAUCCCAAAUUGAAGAAAUCAGGGUCAACCGCGCAUGCAUAAAUGUCAUUAUAGAUGCCAAUUCCAGUCUUCAUUCUACUUCUGUAACGCAUUCUGAAAACAGAGAUUUCCCGCUGUGUACUCUGAGAUCCAUCAGUUUUAAUGACUGUGAUACAGAAGGACAUCAUCUUACUCCAUUAAUACCUCCCAUGCAGAAAUGUCAUUCCUUGCAGAAUUUAAAAUUCUCUCAGCUCAAAAUGGACAGAAAAGGUGUCGAGUUUUUUUCUGUAGUCAUUCCAUCCUUAGUGAGUCUAAAGAACCUCAGUCUUGAUUUGAAAGGAACAGCUGAGGAUGAGGUGGCAGUACUUGUGGAAGCAUUACCAAAAACUCAAACAAUUGAGACUGUGAGUUUGUCUCAGCUGGUUUUGAAUGACAGCGGGGCUGCAGUAUUUGGCAGGGCUCUUCAAAAUCUGCCACAUCUUAAGUCACUCAGUCUCCUCCAGUGCUCUGGUUGGACAGCAGCUCGAGGGUGUGACUUGGUCAGAGGUCUGGUGCAAUGUCUCUCUCUGGCAGAAAUCAGGAUAAACUCUUUGGUUCUGAAUGAAGAGGGCAUCUCCAUCUUGGCCAAAGGCUUGUGCAGUAUGGCUUCCCUUAGGAAGCUCAGCUUAAACAACAUAAGAGUGGAAACAUCCGAGACAUUUGUGAAUGGCACUGGCAUACUCUGUCUCCUGGCCUCCUUUCAGGAAUUUAGACAGAUGGAAGAGAUUGAGUUGGAGAGCUGGCGAAUGGGAGACAGUGGAACUCAUGAACUUGUGAAGCAUAUUUCUUCGUGGACCGAACUAAGAAAUAUAAAUCUGUCAAACAACAAUAUUAGCGACGAGGUUGGAGAAAUGCUGGUAGAGGCACUAUCACGCUGCACGGUUCUUCAGAAACUACAGCUCUCCAAAAACCGUCUGGGUCAAGCUUGUGCUGCUAAGCUAUCACAAGUCUUUCCUUUACUGACUCAGAUCUCAGACCUCGAUUUGUCAGAGAAUCAGUUUGGUCAAAAAGGGACUUUGGCACUUUGUGAAGGUCUGGACAACAUGAAGGCACUGAAAAGACUAAACUUGACUUCGAUUGGAAGUUCAGACCUGGUUGGUGUGGCAUCAUCCCUCAAACAUUGUCCAGCCAUUGAGGAUGUCAGCUUGUCUUGGAAUGAAUGUGGUGAUACUCUGGCAUGGAAACUGGCUGAGGUUCUUCCUCUGUGUACAAUGUUGAAAAGACUUGACCUGGAGGCCAAUAAAAUAAGCACAAAAGGAGCCGUGGAGAUUUCCAAAUGCCUCCCAUCAUGUAAAUCCAUUGAAGUGAUAAGGCUCUGGAGGAACCCAGUUGCCAAAGACGAUGAGAAUCUGAAAGAUCAGAGACUGAACUUCUCAUCAGUUUAAUCAUAUUUUUAUGAUUUUCAUUUUUUUCACUUUUUAUUCACUGUAAAUAUAAAGUGUAAGUGCUGUUUUAAUAUUUAAAUAUUUUGAAUUUAAUUGGAGAACACAUUACCUCUUUAGAGCAACUCACCAUAUCCAAAAAAACAGUUUAUCCGGCUGUUCAGGGAUUUUUCUGGAGUAUGUCUAAUCUAUUGAAGGAUAUGUUGGUAACAGGCUCUGCUCAGUUAAGAGAAAAAACAGGUAAAGUGAUCCACUGGGAACUUUUUAAUGUUUUUCUGCAUUCAAAAGUCUAUCUAAUUGAGCACUGUCAUGCUUUACUGAUAUUCAACUGGGCUAAAGCUCCAUUACAGGCAUUCCUCCAUUCACCCUCCCUGGACAGCACUAUGUUGUGUUCUCCUUUAAAAUACAGUAUUUAUUUAUGUAUCGUCACUGCAAAGGUAUAUUGCUCUCUUGUUGUUGCACUGAUCAAUUUUCAAUUGCUUCAAAGUUUUAAGUAAAUGGUCAUUUCAUAUGUUAUAAUUUUACAGAGUCUGUUAUUGAAACACGUGUAGGACAAUCUCUAGAGUAUGAAGUUAACAACAGGGCAGAAAUGGUACACCUCUGUCGCCGUACAGCCUCAUAAUCUGUUGGGGCCAACUGCAGUAUUUAAAGCAUGUAACAGCUAUGUCAUUUAAUGGCAGUCACUUGUAUCUAGUUUAAUUCACAUUUUGAACACACUGGCUAAAAGGGAUAGUUAACCCAAAUAUUUUCAUUUUGUUAUUUACUCACCCUGGUGCAUUUCAACCUUUGAAUGCACUUUAUCUUGAACCAAAGUGCUGAUCUUUUACAAAGUGAUGUUUUGGGUUUUCAGAUAACGAUUGUGAGCCCUCACAAUCUCAAUACUCUAUAAACUAAAUUGUGACGCUUUUUUCAAUAAACGUAAAUAAUUUUUUAAAAUGGAAAUUAAGGUAAAAAAACUGAAGAUCAAAGAAAGCCAUCCAGGGUUUAUGGUGAACCUUUACAAGAACCUUAAGAGACUGACAAAAAUGUUAAAAAUGGUAUAACCAUCCCGGUUAUUGCCGCAUGACUGCCACUAGAUGGCAGUAAAGCAAUACCAUGUAAAUCUAAUAAUGCUUGGACCGCUGUUCUCUUAGUCUCUGUUCUCUUAACGGGAAUUGUUUUAGAAACAAGUCUCACACAUAAGUCACUACAUGAACACAACAAUUGAUCUGUGUGUACCAAAAAUAAACAGGUUUAAAUAUCAGUAUUAGGCCAUAAUUAGUGGUCCCUGACACAGCUAAAAUAUUUUUGUUUAAAGGAGCUAGCCCUGCUGGAAAAGAUCUAAUACAUGGUUAGCCUAUAUUGAAAAUUGUAUCGCUACUAUAAUGUCUCUGAUGGUUUCUACUGGCAAUAGGUUGGUUUCUAUUAGUGGGAAGUUAUGUGGUGAUGGCAACCCAAAGAACACAAUAGAUUAAUCUGGAAUAAGGCAUAAAACGCACUACAUAAGGAUUUUUCAUUAUGUCGUGUGUUUUCAUUAGCCUACUGAUGGUUCAUUAUGGUAUUAAUAUUAGAAUUUGUAUUGUUUUUUUCUAGCAGGGAGCGUACAAAUG